AUGACCGUCUCGGAGCCGCCUACCGAGCUGAAGAAUCAUUGCUUGGUGAUUUCGGGCAACACUCUCUAUGCCUAUUCCGCAGACGGCUUUUAUUCCAGGGCAUUGGAGGUUAACAGCACGUGGAUUUCACUGGAUCCCGGAGUAGCCGUCUCAGGUGCUGUCUGUGUCAAAGGCGGGUUGGAAGGUAGCCCCAACACCGAUGAAGCCCUGUAUGUGGUUGGCGGGACCGCCACGAAAUCGGAUGCGACUUAUUCCGGUCUUCAGCGAUAUUCCUUCAUCGACAGAAAAUGGCAGACUUUGGGGACGGGAGUAUCUCCCUUGACUGGCCGGACAGGGCAUGGUGCCGCCUUUGUCGCCUCCUCAUCCAUGAUCGUGGUCUACGCUGGAACCACCGACGUGAGUCAGGUCUCGGCCCUCUCAGGCGAUGCUUUCCAAAUAUCGACAAAAUCGCCAUAUACCCCAUCAGCACUCGUCACUCAGGGAGCACCACCUCUCAGAUACCCUCAACUUCUUUCCUGGAACUCAACCCAUCUGAGCAUGUUUGGAGGGAACGGUGGGAGUGAUCGAAUCUGGAUGUACAGCGACGGACCGGGUUGGCAUAUCUCACCCUCAAGCCUCCCGCUCGACGUUUCACUAUCGACACCUCUUACCCUCCUGUCUGGAUCAGGAGACAGCAAAAUCGCCGAGAUCUUCAACAUGAACUCAUCUCCUAACUCGGUGAUGAAUUACGAGCUCAUCGGCCCGGAAGGCCAGCCUCAAAGUCCAGCAUUGCCUGUCGGUGCUUCCUCCGCGCAAAAACGCAGCGAAGAAAAUCUGCCCACUUAUAAUGCCAGCCUGGCGCCUGGUCAACACUGGACAAACUAUGCCCUGGCUCAAGGAAAUAAUGGCAUGGUAGUUCUCUCUGACGGGCAGGCUGUCGACUCACUGGCCAUCUUCAACCAGACCUCAAAUAGUUGGGUCAAUUCGACCGAAUUCUUCCAAGGAAAAAAUUUUCAGCAUGUUUUGCCAGCGAGCACGACAAUUUCGUCCAUGUUCACCACGACCCCCACCGCAUCCUCAACCACGGCUCCAUCAUCAUCGUCGGCCUCGGUGACGGUGAGUGCGACGCCCAACUCCACCACGGCCGCGGGUGCAGCUGCUGGUACGGGCUCUCAUGUUGAUGUCAAGACCAUCAUUGGUGCAGUUUUGGGCGGGGCCUGUGGCCUGGUCAUUGUCCUUCUCUUGAUUCUGUGGUUAUUGAAGCGCGAGCGAUCCAAGCGAGAGCAAAAUGAUCAAGCACGCGCUCGAUACGACCAAGACCGGCAAGGAUUCCAGGAUCAAGGUAUGCAAUCCCUCGCUAGGUCUGCGCAACCCAUGGGACGAUCCUCCGGGCCUGUCGCUCCUUCGGGACACGAUUCGUUCGCAAUUUUCUCCGGCGCGUACGCGCAAUCGCCAAAUGUUCCAGCUCCUCCACGUCUUGGUACAGGUCCCGAGCUGUCCGAGGCGCAGCACAGCACGAACACCAACAGAGGCUUCCCACCAAGUAGCCUUGCGCCGUCCACUAUCUAUACCGCUGGCGCUACACGCGCCAGCACGACCUCUUCGGACUUUGAUAUCCUUCCUGGCGAUCGCAAUACCGACGAGAAUUGGGCCAAAUAUUUCCAGCACAGCGGUGCAGAGCCGGCCAGUCAGCCCACUCAUCUCUCCACUACCAGCUCUAUUUACACCCGGUCCGACUACCGUGGUAGCGCUUGGCCCAUGUCGACUUUGAACCCCCUGAAUUUGAGUUUCCUCGACCAGCCUAAACCGUUGGGUCAGGUGUACAUGGGGAGCCCCACGACGGCAUUUGCGUCAUCCACUCAGAGUCUCGCUAUCCCCGAGGGACAGAGUGCACGGAUAUCGAGCGUCGAUUCAAUGAGCAUCGCCAGUGACGAUGACCCGCACGACACCAACUGGACGGGAACGCAAGACAACCACCCCAAUCGCCCAGCCAGCAGUACGUAUAGUCGAAGCUUUUAUGAUCGUAGUACACGAGAUCUUCGAAGCUACCAACCUCCGCUCCCACCGUUUUCGGGCAAUACCCGUUCCAAUCUCCCAAUUCCAGAAUACGCCGAUGAAUCACCUGUGAUUGGGCGGGGCAACAAUGUCAACGCAGACAUGAGCUGGUUGAAUCUCCAGGCAGGGCAGAAAUGA